CUUCACUACAAAUCAAAUUUUAUGAAACAUAAUUUGGGACACAUAAGAUUUUGAUUUAGCAUAGCAUAUGUAUGCGUGAUUCAUGCAUUUGCAUGUAAGAUCAAGCACAAAUAAUAAGAUUCCGUAAAAAACAAACCAAAAGAUAAAAUAACAGAGCACUGACCAAAGAUUCUAUAUGCUAUGCAUGUCUUUUUUCUUUCUCUGCGUGUUGUGUCCGCAACCAAGGCUACUUAAUACAGCAAAAACAACACACUGCACUCAUUAUCAUACAUUCAGACCAGCAAUAAUCACACAAGAAAGCAACUGUUAUUGAAAGUGCAAAGUUUUCAGGAAAGAAAAUGGCAGCUUUAGUAUUGACCGUGUCACAAGAUGGAACCGGGCACUACAGAACAGUGCAGGAAGCCAUUGAUGCAGUGCCACUCGGCAACACUCGCCGGACGGUGAUUCGGGUGUCCCCGGGAAUCUACAGACAGCCACUGUACGUGGCCAAGACCAAGAAAUUCAUCACCCUCGCUGGUGUGCGCCCUGAGGACACUGUUCUUACAUGGAACAACACUGCCACCAGAAUCGAGCACCACCAAGGUGCUCAGGUAAUAGGGACUGGAACCUUUGGUUGUGGCAGCAUCAUUGUGGAAGGGGAGGACUUCAUUGCUGAGAAUAUUACUUUUGAGAAUUCUUCCCCUGAGGGUUCAGGGCAAGCAGUGGCAGUUAGGGUAACAGCAGACAGAUGUGCAUUCUAUAAUUGCAGAUUCCUUGGAUGGCAGGACACAGUGUAUUUGCAUUAUGGCAAACAAUAUUUGAAAGACUGUUAUAUUGAAGGAAGUGUGGACUUCAUUUUUGGUAAUAGCACUGCACUCUUGGAGCACUGUCAUAUCCACUGCAAGUCUGCAGGGUUCAUAACUGCACAGAGCAGAAAAUCUCCACAGGAAACAACCGGUUAUGUAUUUCUGAGAUGUGUUAUCACAGGUAACGGAGGAACUUCAUAUGCAUAUCUUGGACGACCAUGGGGACCUUUUGGAAGAGUUGUCUUUGCAUUUACUUACAUGGAUCAAUGUAUAAAGCAUGUUGGUUGGAAUAAUUGGGGAAAAAUUGAGAAUGAAAGAAGUGCUUGCUUCUAUGAAUACAGGUGCUUUGGACCGGGUUGCUGUCCAUCCAAACGAGUAAAAUGGGCUAGACAAUUAAUGGAUAAAGAAGCAGAACAGUUUCUCAUGCAUGGCUUCAUUGACCCCGAACCAAAGAGACCUUGGCUUGCUCAAAGAAUGGCCUUGAGGAUUCCAUAUUCUGCUUAGAAAUUGUUGGAGACAUUACCAGAAAGCAUUGAUACCAUGACAUAUGAAUUUGAUGUGUAAUAACACUAUAAUACAGCAACUUUUUUAAAAAUAAAAUGAUAUUACAUGAGUAUUGGGCUAUGAAA